AUGCGUCUGAGAAUUGCUGCUAUAGCGGGUCUCGCUGUCGCCCCUGUGUUAGCCAGCUGCCCUUAUGCUCAAGAUGAGGGUACUGAGGUGGGCAAGGGUGCUAGCCUCCAUGCUCACCUGCGUCGCGGGGGCAUUCCAAGCCAGUCAACUACAGGUGUUCCAUCUCCUAUGCCUUCCGCAGCGGCUGGGAAAAAGGGCCUUUUGUUAAUGAACCGCAUUGCCCCCGGCACCUCAGAAAUAUACAUCGCCAACGCGGACGGCACCAACGAGCGUCCUCUAUUGCAACAUCCCGGUUAUGAAUACCACGCCGAUUUCUCCCCCGAUGGUGAGUGGAUCAGCUUCACCAGUGAGCGCCACGGUGAUGGAAACUCCGAUCUUUGGCGUGUGCGCCCAGAUGGCUCCGAUCUCCAGCCGAUUGUGACGUCCCCAGCAGCGGAAGACAGCGUUGUAAUCUCACCCAAUGGGACGUUGGCAGCAUAUGUUUCAACCGCCAAUAACUACAACGCUAACAUUUGGGUCAAGAACCUAGAGACCGGUGCCGAGUGGAACAUCACCGAUCUCCCGUAUAAUCGGGCAGAUGAGGACAUGAUGCAUGGUCACUUCCGUCCAGCCUGGUCACCAGACGGAGAUUGGCUUGCAUUUUCCUCAGACCGCAACACAAUGUGGGAUGGUCACGGAAAUCAAACCUUCCUGGGCCUCUAUGGCUGGGAGCACACCCAAGAGCUCGGUAUCUAUGUUAUUCGCCCUGAUGGCUCAGACCUUCGCUGUGUCACCCGCCGUGCUGCCCAUUGCCUUGGGUCCCCCAAGUGGUCACCUGAUGGCACGCGCCUCAUAUUCUACGAGAUGACCCGUAGUGCGACGUGGGAUGCACAUCGACCUGAGCUUGUGGGGUUUGCUAACUCCACAAUUGUGUCUAUUGGAGUCGAUGGCAAUGACCGUCGUAUGGAGGUCUGUGGUCCUGGUGUGAAGACUUUUCCUCAAUACGUCACGAAUUCUACCAUUGGGUACCAUCUGAAGGGCGGCUUCAAGGAGGGCUUAUACCUCACAAACGGUACCUACUAUAAUACCACUAUUCGCUCUCCGUCGUGGUCACGCGAUGGAAAGUACGUGGUUUACGAGAAGGCUGGUUGGUCCAUCCGCCCGCUAUUCAAGGAGCUUUACGGCUGGGACAGGGACUGGGAAUAUCGCUUCACUGAUGUGUUCCCUCAACUCUCGUCAGAUGAUCGCGUAGCUGUGACUGAAAAGCAACUUGGGAACUGCUCCAUUGCUACCUUUGACGUAGAGGGCGAUCAGCUCUCUUUGGUCUACAAGCCUGAUAAUACCACUCUCCUAGACACUACGCUGAUUCCCGAAGGCUUGGCCGGCGCGUUCAACCCCAGCUGGUCCCCAGACAGCGAAUGGAUUGUUUUUGGAGUAGGAGCCUGGUUUGAGGCGCGUGAUUGGCGAGGAGCCUGGAUUGUACGCUCCACCGCAAAUGGCACCUACAGCGAGGUACUCACCACCAGCAACCUAUAUCUCAAUAACACCAAGGAUCUAAACACAGGGUUUCCCAGCUUCUCUCACGAUGGGAAACGGAUCGUCUACCGCGUCUGGGGUGCCGACACUGCGAAGUACGGCGAUGAGCCAGAUAUUGGUCUACGAGUCAUCGACAUUGAGACUAAAAAUAUCACCCAGCUCACCAGUAGCUGGGAUAACCUUCCUACUUUCUCGCCCGAUGGAGAUACCAUACUCUUCACCCGCAAGGUUUCCCCGACUAACUACGAUGUCUGCACCAUCCGCCCUGACGGCACUGAUCUUCGUAUCCUAACUUCCAGCGGCGCUAACGAUGCACAUGCCGUUUGGCGCCAGGAUGGGAAAAUUCUGUGGUCCUCCGGCAUGUAUGGGUUCCAGUAUGAGUGUCCUUUAUACGAUGAGACCUUUCAGCCCUACGGUCAAAUCAUGAUCAUGGACUCCGAUGGAUCCAACAAGCGUCCUCUGACCAACUCCAUUUGGGAAGACUCCAUGCCUCUCUUUCUUCCUCACGAUUGGUUCUAG